AUGUCUGCUUCUGAUGAUGCCGUAUUAGAAUUCCUUUUUAAUCCUGAGAGUCAAGGAUUACCUUUGGAUGCUAUUUCACACACAGUCGACACAAAACCAAAAUACACUUUUUCAUCUGAAAGAAUAGCUCAAUUGGAAGCCAUGGAAAAAGAAGCCAUUCAGGCUGUUGAAAGAGACCAAAAUACAGAAAAAGCCUUGGACUUGUUAAACCAAUGCAUUGAUAUGGAACCCAACUAUGCAUCUGCCUACAAUAACAGAGCUCAAUUGUAUCGUAUGAACAAUGAACUCGAUAAAGCAACCAAUGACCUCAAUUUUGUGAUUCAGGAAGCAGGACAAGGACAACCCAAGAUUUUACGACAAGCCUAUACACAGCGUGCGAUUCUAAAACGACACCAAGGCGAUUUAGUAGGAUCAAGGCAAGACUUUGAGAUGGGUGCUAAACUGGGCAACCCUUUAGCACGUCAUGUGGCUGUGAAUGAAAACCCUUAUGCUAAAAUGUGUAAUCAGGUCAUGAUGGAAGUCAUGAACCGUGAAAGACAUGGUUUAUAA